AGGUAUGAUGUUAUUUGUCACCAUGCCCAAAAAAGUCCUUACUUGAUAACUUUGCCAGAAGAGGGAGAGAGAGAGAAGGCAAACGUUCCGCCAGCUGUUUCCUGUCUACAGUGUCUGUGUUUUGUAGAUAAAUGUGAGGAUUUUCUCUAAAUCCCUCUUCUGUUUGCUAAAUCUCACUGUCACUGCUAAAUUCAGAGCGGCUAGAGCCUGCGCAAUGGAAUAAAGUCCUCAAAAUUGAAAUGUGACAUAGCUCUCGACAAAUUCCCCAUCUCUCUGGAUUCCUCUUCUCCCAUUAUUACUGCUCACCAAUUCAUUUUCAGACUUUGCACUUCAGAAGCAAUGGACAAAUUCAACAGUCUUUCAACGCAAUUCUCUAAGUGCUGCCUUUGUGAUUUCUUGAAGGUGAAGAUGCAUACUGUGUCCUCCAUCCAUCUCUUCUACCUGGCCUUGUGUUUGCUCACCUUGACCAGUUCAGCCACCGCGGGGCCGGAGACGCUCUGUGGAGCUGAGCUGGUGGACGCCCUUCAGUUUGUUUGCGGAGAAAGAGGUUUCUACUUCAGCAAGCCCACUGGGUAUGGCUCUAGCAGUCGGCGUUUACACCACACAGGGAUCGUGGAUGAAUGCUGCUUCCGGAGCUGUGAUCUGAGGCGGCUAGAGAUGUACUGUGCGCCAAUUAAGCCAGCCAAGUCAGCUCGCUCGGUGCGUGCCCAACGCCACACCGAUAUGCCUAAAGCCCAAAAGUAUCAGCCCCCAUCCACCAACAAGAGAACGAAGGCUGAGAGGAGGAGGAAAGGAAAUACAUUUGAAGAACGCAAGCAGAGGGAGCUCAGGAAGCAGGAACUACAGAAUGUAAGAACUACCAUCCAAGGGCGAAGAAUGAACAUGCCACCUCUGCAGGAUCCUUCUCUGUAAAUAAGUUAUUUGUUCAACAUUGGAAGACUUUGAAAACAAAAACAAAACACACCGGUUGUUUUAAUAAGCUUGAUGAAAAGGCAAAACAAUGAGCAUUCUCCCAGGGGGGUGGGGGUGGGGGGAGGGGGAUGGAUUGAGCAAACAUUCCAAUGUUAAACCUCUUUAAAAGACUAGUGUCAACUCCUUGCUAAACAUCUUCCCAGAGCUGCUAUGUUGCUCUCUGAUUCUGUAACUUCUCUAUACUAUCCUAUACAAAAGCAAAACAAAAUAUAUUCCCUUCCUUCUCGAAAGCCCACAAGUCCAUGGGCCUCCAUAGAUGCAGUUGCUCAGAAUCGAUCUAUGAACCCUUGGCUGGGAGAGCAACACAUUCACCAGCCUUGUCUAAGUGUGUGUGUGUGUGUGUGUGUGUGUGUGUGUGUGUGUGUGUGUGCCCGUGUUUAAUUUUUAUUUGCACUUCUUUAACAAACAACAGGGCUGUUUGUUUUAAUGGUGUCAGAUAACAGUUGUUUGUCUUCUCCCUUCCCUUCCCAUUCGCACAAAGCAAACACUCUCAGUAGCCGACCCCCAGCAGGAAAGUAACACCACGAGAUUUGCAAACACACACAGCUUCCCAUCUGUGGCACUUGGACCAAAUAUGGGUUGGAUCCAUUUAGUUUAAAGACAAAGGUUUCUUUCCUCACCCCCUACGCCGCCCACCUCUUCCUCCACAAGCAAGUAGGCACAAUUUGCGAAACAAAUUCUGUUGCAGACCCCAGUCUAAAAGCGAGCGCUCAGUGGCUCCUUCUGCAAUCGAGGUAAUUUCUUACUUUUCUUUUUUCCCAUGUAAAAGCAGUAUGUAAAGUUUAGCGUAUCAUUAAUACAGAAUAUUAUCAAAUCGUACGUACAACUCUGUUUUCUAGUACAAUGGUGCUAUUUUGUAGUUCGUUAUAUGAAGGAGUCUGGCCAAAACCGUAACUGGUGAAAGCAAAAUGAAGGAGAGAUGAAGAAAGGGAAAAGGAAUUGAAAAAUCCAUCUGGUUUUGAUGGAAAGCAAACAGCAUGCUUCCUCUCCCCCUCCACAAAAAAAGAAAUUUCUUUCAAAAAUAGAGCUAAAGAUACCAAGAAUGAUUACCUCUUUCUCAAUGAGAGAGUAUUAAAAGAAAACAAUCCAGCAAAUAGUGUCAAGGGCUGGGAGUUAGAAGUCCUCCCUUUCCUUCCUUAAUUUUGGGGACAAAAUUAUCCCUUUCUCACCCCAUCCUCAAACUCUGCUGUGGACUCCACACUGUGUGACCUUGGCCAAGUCACUUCACCACUCUGUGCCUCAGUUUCCUCAUCUGCAAAAUGGGGAGAGUUCUUGUCAUCUACCUACCUCACAGGAGUGGUGUGAGGAUUAAUAAGAAAAGGGUCUAGAUUCUACCACACAAAAAUGAAUUGCUGGAGUGAAAGGAAUCAAUAUCAUAACCAUAGGAUGCAUUCACAAAUUACUCUAAACAUCAACAUGUUAAUAGCUCACCAGGCUUCUCAGAAAUAUUUCAAAGCACAUGGGAUGCAUUAUAUUUGAGGACUGGAUAGAAUUAUGCAUUUUGAUUUCCACACACAAGUAGAAAAAGAGAGAAGAGGAAAAGACGGAGAAAAAGACAGAUUCAGCCUGAUUUCUACCAGUAAAGAGGAAGACAUGGCUUAAAUUUUCAGGAUACAAUGAUUCUUUCAGGCAAACAGCCUCCAUUUAGUAAAUACCUCUCCUGGUGCAUGAAAUGAUCAUCUAGAUUUCUGAAAAUUUUAAUUUGCUCCUUCCUUAUAGGUCCAUGUAUCCCAUGGUUCAAAAUAUUUAAGCAGUGUCUACUAAAAUAAUCACAGAACUACCGCCUUGAAUAAAUUUUCAUCUAACCUCUGACUAAUGCAUCACUAUAUAUGUAUUUUUUUAAAUUCAACUACUUUUCACCAAAUUUGGUACCUAGCAAAUUCUAAAGCAUUUCUUUGAAAUUUUGUUCCAUGGGAAAAAUUCUGUCCAGGAAUCUAUCAUUAAUAUCCUACACUUUCUGGGGUGCCACAGAACUUCUUUCUUAUGAAAGUGGACACUGAGAACAGUCCCACAGAGGCUCAUUUUAGUCUGCUUUCCCCAUUUUAAGCCCUAGGGAUCCUUAAGAAUGUGGCUAUGACAUUCAAGGCUGCUCUGAAGCACAUUGAUUUGGUGGUGUUAGGCCCUGGUCCCACAGUCAGCUGUUUGUUUCCCUAAGUUGCACUCAAGCAUCUCUCCACUGGUCCUUUUCCCCAAUCUCUAAAAACUCUUUGAUUGUAUAUAACAGAGACAUUAAACAGGGGGCUAAGAAACCAGAUGUUAAUUUAGUAGAAUCAAAUCUUUAUUCCCAAGGAAAUCUCAAUCAGCAAGCAUUUAUAAAUCUCCUACUGUGUGCCAGGCACUAUGCUCUUUAAAAAAUUAACUUCUGUUUGAGGUGGGGGAGGAAGAGAAAAAAAUGUCAUAAUGUGAAAAGUCUUGUCAUGCUGCCUCUCUAGCACUAAUGGGGCUUUGUAAAUAUUCCGAGACUCAUCCAAUCUCAGAGUCAGAAGAGAUCUUCAAAGUUUCCUGAGUCUACCCCACUCCCCAGUGUAAGAAUGUCCUCAAUGAUUAAGCACAUGAACUAGCUGACCUUCACAUCUUUUUCCUCCACUUCCAUGAAAAGCACUGAGCUCUCGGGCCUUUCUUACGAAUCUUACUCUUUUUCAUUUGAGGGGCCCAUCUCUCCUUUAUGCACUUAGUACGGUCACAUAAUACUGUAAGAAAGAGAACAUUCUGGCUCCUCAGCUCACUGGGUCACUUCAAUGGAAAAUGGGAAGAGAGCUUUUCAAUCUCUGAGUCCCUUAGUGUCAAUAUACCCUCCCUAAUGGGGGUGGGGGGGAGGUAUUUCAAAUCAAAGGAGAUCAUGUAUAGUAAAGCACUUUGCAAAUACUUUGUAAAGGUCAGUUGUCAAAUACCAAGUGUUGUGUUAAAGAACAGAAAAAUACUGCCCUCCCCAUUUAGAGUUAGAUAACUAGAAGCAAAAAUAGUCACCUCUUGAGCUGAUAUUAGGAUAAGAAUCAAUACUUUAUCUACUCAAUCUGUUGAUUUAGAAAGUUUUCUUUUUAAAAAUAGUCUACAAUAUGUGCUUUUAGGAAUGGGAAGCUGUAAAGAGAAAAAAGGGAAAAAGGAGGAAUGACAGUUUUUUUUUAAUUCCUUGGCAACAGAUUCAAAAUACUUUCUUAAAUCAAUCAAUUGAUUAACAAAAAUAAAUUAAGCUCCUACUAUGUGCCAGGCACCAUGCUUGUUGCUAGUGAUACAAAAACAACGACAUCACAACAAAAAUAAAAUAAUCUCUACUUUCAUGGAGCUUACAUUCUUUAAGGGGAGACAGCAUGUACAUAUCAGUCAAUAAGCAUUUAUUAUGCACCUAUUUGUGUGCCAGGGAUUGGAGAGACAAAGACACACAUGCAAAAAGAAACCAUACUACAUAUCUAAUACAAUGUCAUUUUGUAUUGUGGAUAGUGUCAAUCUAUUUCCAGUCAAGAAGCUUUUGUUGAGUUUUGUAUUCAAAACUGUCCUCGCCUGCACAAGAGGCUGCAAAAAAGAUUAAUCUUGGCCAUUGAGAAAGUAGUGAUAGACACUGUAGCUGGCCAACACUCCCUUCCUAAAGAGGCUACCCUGGUAGCUCUUUUAGUAGUGGCAUUAGUUUAAAUUCCCCAGCCUCCAGCAUAACUUCCAAGGGGCCUUUCCUGGGCCCCCUGACCCAGAAUGGUGCAGGAUACUCUGGAUGUUAGCUAGACCCCAGCUACUGGUCUCUUUGUUUUCUCUACUAAUUUUAUACUGGAAAAGGAAAAGAAUUAUCACCACCACAAGAAGAGAUUGUCCAAAGCAAAAGAGCCCACUGCUUUGGUCAGUGCAGUGCAAUAAAAGCUCUGGGUUUAAAUCCCAACUCUGCCAAUUACUACUUGUGUGUCUUUGGGUCUCAAUUUCUGCAUCUAUAUAAUAAGAUUGAACUAGAUGACUGCUAUGGUCUAUGACAAAUCAACAAGUUCUUAUUAAGGGCCUGUGAUGCACAAGGCACUCUCCUAGGUGCUGAUAAUACAACCACAAAAAAUAGGACUGCUCCUGCCUGGAAGGAGCUCAUAUUUUACUACAAUCCCAUCCUUUAACCAUUAUCAAAAGAAGGGAUUCUGAUGAACAGUCAAGCUUGGUAGCAAACAGACUAGGUGUGGUCCUCUUUCCCAUCAAAAUUUCCCUCUCCCGUGGAUACAGAAAAACUACUUACACUUACCAGUCUAGAAUACAUGCUAGAGGAUUCAUGGUGGCAUGGUGGCAUUCUGAGCAGAAAUCAAAUUCCUGAUCAGUUUCUGAAAAUUUUUUAAAAAUAAAAUAAAAUCCUAGGCAGGAGCCAUUUCCAAACUGCCCCUGCCCUUGAGGGGUUAGUUUGUUGGUAUGUAGGAAGUCCCCUAUGCCAGAUGGCUCGAGGGUCUCCAUCAUGAACAAAUACAUUUCCUAGGAGGCUUCUAGAGGAGUAUAUAGCAGUCCAUCUUGCUUUCCUGUUUACGGAUUUGGCCAGCAAUGCCAAAGUGGUGCUAUUGUUUGUUUAAGAAAGUACUUGACUAAAACACAAAAGAAAGCAUAGAAAUAUUUUUUUAAAGUAUUGAAAAAAACCAAUGAUUCUAUAGAUGUAAGGCUUAUUGAAAUAGAAUUAGGUCUAGCCAUCACCUUUCACCUUUUUUUUUACUCACUCACAAGUAGCAAAGCCUCCAAAUGGUUAACUUGGGGGCAGGGGUAGAAGUUGGACAUUAAGGUCAGCAUAGGCCCUCCAUGACUUUGUAAGCUCUUGAACUUGGAAAACUCAUGAGGAUAUUAAUGGAACUGAAUACCUUGGUUCAAGGCACAAACAUAAGUGAAGGACAGCAUUUCUAAGUGAAUGGCAGAGCUCAAAUAGAGGUGCAGUCAAGGGUUGGUUGCCCUGUUGUCUGCUCCCAGGGCAGAAAGUCAAAAGAAAGGAGCAAAUGAGGGGUGUGGGUGGGGAUGUGCAGUCACUGCUAAGAAUAUUUUCUCCCCUUUCUCCCUAUGACAUUCUUCAGCACUUCCUCAUUCAUGGAAGAUGUUCACCCUUCAUUUAAACAUCUCAGUGAGCAUUUAGCCCUUACUCAUAUAGAAAGCAAAGUUUUUUAUCUUUGCAAGGAGCCAUGCCAUAUAGCAUUUCCAAUGUGAGACAUAGGUUAUCUACUGAUAAAGGUAAAAAAGAGGACAACUUAUGAGAAAGAGUUGAAAGAUAUGGCUAACAAUCUGUGAAGUUUUUUUUUAAACUUUAUAUUGUCUUUAUGAUUAUCUUAACGUGCAAAAAUGACUCAGUUCUUCUUUCUGUCAUUUUUUUCCUUUUUUUGGAAUAAGGGGUAAUAAGUUAAAACCCAAAUAGUCUUUGAAACAAUAGGCUAGUUAGGAAAAAAUGUAUGUUUGACUUAAUGAAGUAAUAAUCAGUCUAUUUAAGAUAGUUUGCAUUUAUUUUUUAGUAUUAAAGGAAUUGUACUAAUUUAUUUGAGAGGUACUUGCUAUGGUUGGCUCUCUAUGAGAACACUGCUUCCCACCCAAAGCAAGCUCAAAAAGUGCCACACCUUCUUCCCAGUCUUCCCACUGGCAAAUCUGUUCAGCACCAUUGAUAUCAAAUUUCAGCCAUUACAUUUCUUCCAUCCUCCUCACCCUACCAACCACACACAUACCUAUAGUGACAAAGCCCAGAUCAUGCCUCAGUGAAACUGACCACAAAUGAUGUGAUUUCAUUAAGAAAAAGCUAAAAGGAAAGCUGUUAAGGUUUGUGUUCUUGUUUGUUUGUUUGUUUGCUUUUACCAAUGCUAAUAUUUAAUCCUAUAGUAUACACUUUGCUUGUCAUUAUUUUACUUUUUUAAAAAGAAGCUUUCCUUUCCAAAGUUAGAACCUGACAAAUAUCAGUCUUUUCUUUGUGAUUCCUACCCCCCCCACCCCAAAGAAAUGAUGGGAAGAAUGGAUGGUGUUCUGGCAUAUCAUGCAGAGUAGAAAGAUUUCCAUCUGACAGUGAACAAGAUAACCAAGAAACCUCAUUUUGAAAGCACAGAGGAUUGGAUUUGGUUUCCAUCUGUUUCUUUUUCUAUUGUCUUUUUUUUCCCUUCCAGUUAACAUGUUGGUGGUAUUUGGAAAGGUAGGGGCAGAUGAUUCUAGAAGUGUUGAGCUGGAAGGGACCAGUUUGAAUCACCAGCUGAACCUUUUCUUUGUAUCUGCUCCUUUUUCAUACAUUACUACAAACGAGUCACAAGCGUGAGCGGAUGCUCUCCUUCCAUUCUUCCUUGGUCCUUAUUAUGUUCUUUCUGCAAAGGGAAAGAGAAUCUACUUUUUUAAAAUACUCUCCCUGUGUUAUGACAAGAGGAAGACAGAAGAGCAAAUGUCCCCAUUCCCUGAUAAUAAAAGAAACUAAAGACCUUAAGUCUUUGUUAGAGGAUGUCAACUGAAUCCCAUCUGCCACUUUGUGUAUGGCAGUCCAUCAUUGUUUGACCCAGAAUGUCUUUUGGUUGUGUAGGCCCAAAUCAUAUAUGAAAAUAAUUAUUUGUCUUUGGCCCAAAAUGCACUGACCUUGAAGUUAGGAACUAUCUCUUCCCAAGACCCACCUGACAGCUUGAUUCUAUUAAUCUUUCUUUUCAUCUUAUUUUGCUCUGCCAUCUCUGGUCACUCUUAAAAUAAAUACAUCUGCUGCUAAUCACCCAGCAGGAGUGCCUCUCAAACCCAACCUAUUUACCAGCCAUUUUUUGCUAUAUCUCAUUAUAACUCCUAUUCAGAGUAAGAUUAGCAAAAGUUUUCCAAUGUCAUUUACCAUGUAUCCAGUUUACACAAGGGCUCCAAGCACUAUACAAGAUCCUCUUUGGAUAAAGAGAGUUAAUGAAGUAUGAGGACUAUGGUUCUAUCUAGCAUUUUGCUUCAUUAUAUUUUUAUCACUUUUAUAAGGCCAAAUGUGCUAAACAGACCCCCUGGCACUGAACCCAUACCUUCCCUGCUACUUUGUAACCUGAAAAUGGCAAUCGGUAGUUCAUUAUGAUAUGUCUUAGCUAAAAAAAAAGCAUAUUUUUCAAGAAAUUAAUCCUGAUUGUAUUUGAAAUUAUUAUUCAGUUCAUUUAUGGUGAAGGAAUAUUGAUCCUGAUGACUUCUAAAAAUGUAACUAACUGAAUCAUUAUCUUUCAUUUACUGUUGUAAUAAGCAUAUUUGGAAAAUGUACGGCUAGAGAGUCAUAAUAAAGUGAUAUUAUCUUCCUUUUCUUUAGUAAUUACAUUAAAAUUAAUCAUGUUUGAUUAAUCAGUCUGUUUUGGAUAA